AUGGCGUUGUGUGUUUUCUUAGGUCUAAAGAAUACACCAUUGGCCUUUCUGAUAUCGGCACCAUACAACUACCUCAACAUUUUUCACCGUCUCGUCGGCUUCACCUCCAUCUUUCAAGUUCUUCUUCACACCAUCUUUUAUAUGAUAUACUUUGGUGGCCAAAAAGGCGAGUGGGCCACAUUGAUUGAAGUUGAAAAUAGAGAAGGCAUUGUCGCUGGCAUCAUAAUGCUGAUUCUGCUGAUGGGCAUCUUUCGACAUCUCAACUACGAGUUGUUCUACUUUAUGCACAUUGUUGCGUUCAUGUUGACACUCAUCCUGCUUGCUCUUCACAGACCAGACUGGAAAAAGAAGGUGCCGGUUGCGGUCGUCUUCAUUGCCUGCACAUGGGGCGCCGACCGAAUUAUCCGAGGAGUCAGACUUCUCUACAACCUGGCCAACAAUUCAGCCACCAUUGAGUCCCUGCCUGAUGGUGGCACCAGGUUGAUCCUCAAGAAGCAGCUGCCAGGUGCCACGCCCGGGAAACACUGCUUUGUCUGGAUCCCAGCAGUCCGCAUGUGUCAGACACACCCGUUUACUAUCGUGUCUAACUCAACUUCGGGCCUGGAGCUGGUGAUGAAGUCUCACAAGGGCUUCACAAAGGCCGCCUUGGAAUUUGCCCUGUCAAAGGCUGGUCACCGUGUGAUGGCAUCGGUCGAUGGGCCGUACGGCUCGCUACCCAAUCUCUCACGCUAUGAUAAGUUAAUUCUUAUUGCGGGUGGUAGCGGUGCGACUUUCACCUUUGGGCUGGCUGCAAACUUUGUUAAGCACCUUGAAACUCGUUCCAUCGAGUCUACACAGUCUAUGAGCUUCAUCUGGGCUGUCAAGAAGACGAACCAUCUGGGUUGGUUCAAGGAACAUCUGUCCGCCCUCAAAACUCAGUCAUCCCAUGUGGCGGUAAAAUUGCAUGUCACUGGUCAAGAACUAUCCUCGUCUCCCGAUCUUAGGAUUGAGAAGAAGUCUCAAGAAGUCACCUCUAACGUCACCGCAACGAAAGAACAUGACAGCAUGAAUGACAAUAUUGAGGCUAACACUUCCGGCAAUUCGUCUGACGACUCACCGGAUGCCGUCGAAUUUGAGGAAGUAGUAUAUGGAAAGAUGAUACCUGAAAACACUAUCCUUGAGGCAAUGCAACACCUCAACAGGAAUUCACGCGUACUUAUUGCUGCCUGUGGCCCAGUAUCGUUACUAGAUGCGGUUGCAACUACAGUGGGGAGCCUCGAUGUUGCAGAAGUUCCGAUCAUAGAAGUUCAUUAUGAAAAGUUCGACUGGUAG